AUGAGCAACGCAAGCGAUCAUGUCGAUGUCUUGAUCAUUGGUGCCGGGCCAGCAGGGCUUACCACGGCGAACUCCUUCAACGGCAGCAACUGUCGGGUGCGACUGAUCGACUGGAAGCCGGCACCGCUCGAGACCGGCCGAGCGGACGGUCUGAAAAGCAUCUCGCUCGAAGUGCUGGAUUCCUUCGGGAUUGGCGACCGAGUCCUCAACGAUUGCCAGCCCUGCGAAGAGAUCGUGCUGUGGAAUCCGGGCAAGGAUGGGGUGAUUGCCCGGACCAUGACCAUCCCCGAUAAGGUGGAGGAGCUGGGACAAAUUGAGCGCGUCAUGGUGGAAAAUCUCUACAGACACAAAACCGUCCAAGUCAAUUGGAACACCCAGCCCGUCCGCUUGCACAUCGCCCCUGUGACGAAAGACGAGCCCGAGGCACAUCCUCUCACCAUCACGGUCCAGAACAAGGAGACCCUCGGCCAAGAGACGAUACGAGCGAAAUAUGUGGUUGGAGCGGACGGUGCGCACAGCUGGUUGCGCAAGUAUCUCAAUAUCGGGUUCUCAGGGGAUGUGACCGACUCCACCUGGGGGGUGAUGAACCUGGUGCCCAAGACCGACUUCCCGGAUAUUCGCAAGGUGUUUGUAGUCCAUUCCAGGGCGGGGACCGUCAUGGGCGUCCCACGGGAGGACAAACUCGUCCGCUUAUACAUCAGCAUGGACGGGGGCAAUCGGCACACAUCCAUCGACGCCAAGAGCAUCACGGCAGAGAAUCUCCUCCAGGCCGCCCGAGCCAUCCUGGCACCGUACCGCCUGGAUGCUGCGCGGAUCCCAUGGUGGUCGGCGUACUGCGUCGGGCAGCGAGUGGCCGAUGAAUUCGCCCGUCAUAACCGGAUCUUCCUGGCCGGAGAUGCCGUUCACACCCAUUCCCCCAAGGCAGGUCAGGGGAUGAACACCAGCAUCCAGGACGGAUACAACAUCGGCUGGAAGCUGCGGUAUUGUCUGGAGCAAAAGGCGAGCCCGGCCCUGCUCUCCACAUACCAGACCGAGCGUCGGCCCAUCGCGCAGGCGCUCAUUGACUUCGACCGCAAGUACCUGGAGUCCUUUACCCGCCGGGAUAUCACCCACCAGGAGUUCCUGGAGGCGUAUCUGGCCGGGCAGCGAUUCACGACGGGGAUCCAGAUCCAGUAUCCGCCGUCGCUCAUCGUGACAGCAAAACACCUUCACGCGCCGUCGCAUCCGCUCGCCACGAACCUGGCCCCGGGCAAGCGUCUGCCUGACUUCCAGAUGGUCAACCAGUCCGACGCGGUGCCGAUCCAAGCCUACCACCGAUUCACCAGUGACGGCCGGUUCCGCCUUCUUGUGUUCCCCGGCGACAUUUCCCAAGCACUUGCGUUCGGCCGCUUCAGUCGCCUGGGAGACUGGCUCACCUCCCACCUGCCGCCCAGCUCCGGUCUGGAGAUAAUCACAAUCCAUGGGGCGCGGCGCGCGGAUGUCGAAUUGAUGGAUCUUCAUCCAGCCUUCCGGCCGUGGAGCGACGAAGAGGGGUGGAAUUACUGGACGGUGUAUGCCGACGACGACAGCUACCAUAAGGGUCACGGGCAUGUGUAUGAGCGCUGUGGAAUCAGCAAGGAGGAUGGCGUUUUGGUGCUGUUGAGACCGGAUGGAUAUAUCAGCCUCAUUGCCUCUUUCGACGAGACACACGAAUUGAUCGACUUCUUCGAUGGACUCCAGUCAGGACCGAGGACUGUGCCGCAGCCGGAGCGAAGGGCGAACUUGUAA